AUGUGCUGGUGUCUGAUCCUGAUCUGGGCCCAGGGGCUGAGGCAGGCUGCUGUCCUCACCUCAGGCACAGUAGUAACACAGGGGAACAUUUCAGCAAAGGAAGGUGACUCUGUCAUCUUACAAUGUCACCUCUCCUCCACCAUGGCUGAAGUGACCCAGGUCAACUGGGAGCAGCAAGACCAACUCCUGGCCAUCUGUCAUCCUCACUUUGGGUGGUACAUCAGCCCAGCCUUUCGUGAGCGGGUGUCCCCGGGCCCCAGCCAGGGCCUCACCUUCCAUUUGCUGACUGUGAAUGACACAGGGGAGUACCUCUGCAUCUACCACACAUACCCUGAUGGGAUUUACAGGGGGAGAAUCUUCCUGGAGGUCCAAGGAAGCCCAGUGGCCGAGACCAGCACCUGGAUCCAGAUUGCAUUGCUUGGAGCUGCGGUUGCAGCGCUGGCGAUUAUCGGCACAGCAGCCUUCAGGGUGGUGACGUUGGCCAGAAAGCAGAAAUCUCUCAGAAUCCAUUCUGUGGAGAGUGGCUGCAGGAGAAUCCCUGCUGAACAGCAGGACGAGAGCCCAAGCCUUCCCUCAUCCCCUGGAUGCAGUGUCCAGGCAGAAGCUGCCCCUGCUGGCCUCUGCGGAGAACAGACGGGAGAUAACUGUGCAGAAAUGCAUGACUACUUUAAUGUCCUGAGUUACAGAAGCCUGGGGAGUUUCAGCUUCCUCGGGGAGACCAGUUAG